UGGAUAGAUCAGGACCAGGCAGGGAAGCAGACAUGACAACUGUGGGGGAACUGAUGCUGCUGGUGCUGGGGCUGCUGGUGACAGCUCAUUGUGAGGUCAGGGCCAGAGAUCCAGAGGUGGAGGAAGAUGACCCAGGCCUGCCUCUGGAGAAAGAAGGCUUGGAUACCCAGGGGAUGGGGGUGGGAGUCCACCCUGAACCUGGGGGGAUUGACAUUCCCCACCUCAGGACUGGAUCCCAUGACCAUAGACCUGACGUGCCUGGAUCUGCCCACCAACCCCUGGAUCAUGGGCCACAUGGUCAACCCCAUCAGGCGGGUCCUGGACAACACCCCAUGGGUCUGCUGCCCGAGGAGACUGCACUCCCACCAGGAGAGGGAGGGAGCUACCCAGCCCGCACCGGGAACUGGUGUGCAUUCGUGCACCGCCGCAUUGUCACCAUGGCUGUCUCCUGUGGCACAGAGAAAUACACCAUCAGGUCCCAGAGCCCCUGUCCCAACGGCACACCUGAAUGCCAGCUUGUCAUGUACAAGCUCUCUACCCGGCCAGUGUACAGAGAAAAGCAGAAUAUCUUCACCGCCCUGUUGUGGAGGUGCUGCACAGGACACGGAGGGGAGAACUGCGAGGAAACGGUAGCUGAUGGCCAUAUAUCUGACCCUACAGACCCCACCAUGGCAGGACGACCAGGACGACCACAUCCAGGAGACACUGAGCCUCACCACACAGGUAGAGGCGCUCAGUCUAGACUCACCCACCAGCUUGAGCGGGAACAGAAUGACUUCCAGGUGUCUGAGAAUCCUCUGUACGAGAGCCAUCCCUCAGAGGCUGACAACAACAACGACACACACACAGAUCCCCGAGAGCCCCCCUCAUACCCUCAACAGGCCCAGGAGCACAUCCCUCACCAUAGCUACGACCACCCCCACCACCCGCAUCCCUACCCCAACCACCGCCCGCAGGACUUCAAUCAUGGAGACCCAAUCAGGGAUGAGGUGGAGGCUGUCGCUCUACUGCCCUACCCAGACUCCCUGUCUCCCCUCCCUCUGCCCCACAUGAUGGCCCUGCUGAUGUCCCAGCUUCAGCCCAUGUUGGAUGGCUUCAACCGCACCUUGGAGCGCCUGACCUUGGAGGUAGGGGGUCUGUCCCGGGAUGUGUCCCAGCUCCGGAGCUCUCAGUGGGAUGUAAAGGAGGAGGCCCUGCGGGGUGCAGGUGCCGGAGAGGGUCCCGAGGCCUUUGAGGCUAAGCUGGAGCAGAGUUUCCAGGACAUCAAGGAGGUGAGGAGGGAACUGGAGAGACAGAGAGCUGAGAUGGCGGAUAGGCUACACUCCCAGCAUGCCAUGCUGUACUAUAAUAUCACCAACUUCAAGACAGACAUCGACGCCAAGAUCAAACACAACGACAAGAUGUUACAGGUUAAUCUCCAGUCCAUGAAUGCCACCCUGUCAGACAUGAAGCUCGAGCAGGAGCGUCUGAGUGAAGAGCUCCAGAGGGACCUGACCAGCCCAGGGGACAGGAGAGAACCCAGCCAGGUCCAGCCCAGUCAGGCCCAGCACCCUCCAGAGGACUCAGCAGUGUGGGAGUCUAUCGCUCGUCUGGACAACAAGGUGGUCAACAACACAGUGAGGAUGAAUGCCCUGGUUGAAGACUUGGAGAUAGCCAAUGACAACGUCCUGGACCUGAAGAGGGGCUUGCGAGACCUCGAGGAGAACAUUGCCCAAACGUGGAGGAACAGCCAGAUCCAGUUCAUGGAGACGGGCCUGGAGGUGGAGGCGGCUAAAGUAGCCGUGCUGAACCGCGUCAAUGAGCUGGCCAGCAACCUAACCAUCCGCUCGGAGCAGCUGCAGGAAAUGGAGACUGACAUAGACUACCUGUACACGCAGUUCUACAAGAACGUCAGCGCUGCCAAAGACUGUGACUGCAAGGCAUUCACCGCCACCAUCUCCCGCUUGGAGCAGGGUCUGACCAACGUCACAGAGCUGGCCAACGACAACCGGCUGGCCCUGGAUGGGAGUACCGAUGCUGGGUCGGAGCGCUGGAGUCCCUCUGUGGAGGACAUCUACCAGGGGUUGGAUCACGUCAAGGCCUCCCUGGCCUUUGAGCAAGAGAAGAGCAGGACUCUCCACCACAAUAUGACCCAGCUGCUGGCCUCCUUCCUGGACAGCCAGAGGGACGUGCUCAGCCUGCGGGAGAGCGACGAGCGGUUGGUGGCUGAGAUGCGUCACCUCUCCAGCUCCUUCUCUUCUCUGUUGAAGGACACCAUCCGCCACAAUGAUGUGCUGGAGAUGCUCCUGGGGGAGGAGGUGAUGGAGUUCAUGGACUGGCCCCUAAGCAACCAGGAGGCACACUCCAUCCCUGCACUGCAGGAGAGGCUCCGCCACAUACAGGAACAGAUCAGGGGCCAGAACCUCAGCCUCACCUCCCUGCUGGAGGCCGCCCAGGCAGGGGAGGUCCCAGCCUCAGAUGAGCCCUCUGCGAUGGUAGACUUGGCCUCCCGCGGCCUGAAGAGGAGGAGUGGAGACCAGAGGCGUGACCACCUCAUGGUCUCAGCAGCCUCUGACGACCGGCAAGACUACUCAGACAGUGACCUGUGGAGCCUUGAGAAAGCAGUGGAGGAGCUGGGGGAGAAGGUCCACAGGCUGGAGUACAGGCCUUGCUCUGCCAGCUGCAACAACACCAAAGAUAGCGCCAAACUGCAGGCAGAGGUGGCCUGGCUUAGGAGGGGUUUAGAGAAUCAUUUGCGUCUCUUCAAGAAUGUUUUCAGUAACCCAGAGGGGCUGGCCGACUCAGAGAGCACCCUGGACUUGGACCAGCUAUGGGCCCUGAUGAAGAGGAAGGAGGGGAAGAGACAGAGGAAGCGCAAUAACAACAAAGAGGGACUCAAAGACCAUAUUGGAGACAGAGCUAACUUUCGCAGCAGGAGGGAUACAUCAGUGCUAUCCAAGCUGGGGGACAGUCCCCUGAUGUUUCUGGCCAGAAGCAUACAGCGCAGCAGACCAAGUGAAAGCAGCCUGCUGGUGUUUGAGGACACAUCCCUAAACCUCGGCCAGAUGUACUCAACUCACACUGGGAUGUUCCAAGCACCUUUGGCAGGAGUCUACCUCUUCGUGCUGACACUGAACUUUAAACCUGGCCCUUCGCUGUCUGGGCUGAGGAGAGAGAACAGUGAGCUGGCUGCCACUCUGCAUCAGGACAAGAUGGCAUUGUUUGGCCCCGUCACCCGUAUGUGUCUCCUACAGCUGCGGCAGGGAGAGGAGCUCCACCUUGAACUGUAUGAGGGGACUCUGGUGACUGAUGACCCCAAAGACAACACCUUCGCUGGGCUUCUGCUUUAUCAGACCAACUGAGGAAGCUGGGGCUGCUCUGUAUAGUCAGAGGAGAGAUGUUGGACUGAGAGCAAUCAAUCACUAGACUGAAAGCCGCUAUGCCACCUGUGUUUCAAUCCCUUGCAUUGAUAUUGGGAGGGGGAGUGUAUGUAGAAGGUUCAGGGAGUAUAAACAUUUGUCAUACAGUAUACCACUUAAAGCAUUGCAACACACCUUCCCUGAAGUUAUUCUAGGUUGUUAUAAGGGAAACAGGAACAUUUGAGCAUUCUAGACCAUAAAACUAUGUUCUAUAGAAACACUGACUCACAGAAUAUAAGGUGGGCUCUUUAAGAUAUAUCACAUGCUCCCCUCCAUGCUACCAUAAUACAUGGCUUUCAGUGCUUUAUGACUGCAACAUUUCUAAUACAGUGCCGUGAAAAAGUAUUUGCCACCUUUGAAAUGUUCUCUACUUUUGCAUAUUUCUGAUACUGAAUG